AUGUCCGUCACUGUCGUCCUCGGCGCCCAAUGGGGCGACGAAGGAAAGGGCAAGCUUGCCGACAUCCUCGCUCACUCGAGUAAACUGUGCUGCCGCGCCCAGGGCGGUAACAACGCCGGCCACACCAUCGUCGUCGAUGGCGUCACCUACGACUUCCACAUCCUGCCAUCGGGCCUCGUGAACCCCGGCUGCGUCAACCUCAUCGGCAGUGGCUGCGUCGUCCAUGUGCCGAGUUUCUUCAAGGAGCUGGAGGCUUUGGAUGCGAAGGGCCUGAAGACAGAUGGAAGGAUAUACAUCAGUGACCGGGCGCAGGUCGUCUUCGAUGUGCACCAGCUGGUCGACGGUUUGGAGGAGGUGGAACUUGGUGGUGGUAUGAUCGGCACCACGAAGAAGGGAAUCGGCCCAUCGUACAGCACCAAGAUGACUAGGAGCGGCAUGCGCAUGUGCGAUAUCUUCAAUGAGGAGAAGUUUGAGGCUGGUCUCCGGAGACUGGCGGACGGAUACAAGAAGCGAUUCGGCGACCUGCUGAAGUAUGACGUUGAGGAGGAGAUCAAGAGAUACAAGGACUACCGCUCCAAGCUCCAAGAAUACGUCGUCGACCAAGUCCCGCUCCUCGCCUCCGCCAAAGAGAAGAAAACCCCCAUCCUCGUCGAAGGCGCAAACGCCCUCAUGCUCGACAUCGACCACGGCACCUACCCCUUCGUGACCUCCUCCAACACCGGCCUCGGCGGCGUCAUGACCGGCCUAACCCUCGGCUGGCGCUCCAUUCACGAGGUCAUCGGCGUCGUAAAAGCGUACACCACGCGCGUCGGCUCCGGUCCGUUCCCAACAGAACAACUCAACGCCGUCGGCGAGAAGCUCCAGCAGCAGGGCCAUGAAGUGGGCGUUACUACCGGGAGGAAACGGCGCUGUGGGUGGCUGGAUCUUGUUGUGGUCAAGCACAGCCACGCGUGCAACGAUUACACCGCGAUCAACAUGACUAAGCUGGACGUCCUGGAUGACUUUGACGAGCUCAAGGUCGCCACGUCGUAUUCUUACAAUGGCCAAACGCUCGAGUAUUUCCCCGCUGAUACCGAGAUUCUCUCACAGGUAGAAGUGCACUACGAGACGUUGCCAGGGUGGAAGACAGCAACGACGGGCGUAAAGUCGUGGGACGCAUUGCCCGAGAACGCGAGGAAGUACAUCGAGUACAUGGAAAAGUUCGUUGGCGUACCGGUGCGGUGGAUUGGAGUUGGGCCGGCGCGGGAUCACAUGAUCUCGAAGUAG